AACAAAAAUCGGUAUACAGAGUUCAACCUCCUUCAGGAAACUCUGUCUCUGCCGACUCUUUUCUUUUCAAGACCAAGGCAUCCAUAUAAGGCAGUCUAGGAGAAAGCAGCUAGGAUCAGUAUUAACCAGAUCUAGAAGGAAAUAGAAAAAAGUAGCGGGAAGUUCUUUUGCCUCUACUUUAACUCCUUCUCUAUCGAAUCAGCUCGAUCCGAACCGACUCUUUCUUCGCCCCUCUCGGUCAUCUCUCUCUUAGUGGUCUACGGCUAGCAGGUCGAGCGCAUCGCAGUUGUCAAUCUUCUGCACACCUUAACUGGUGUUCUUUGCUCCUUGCUUUUCACAAACGCUAAACAAACAACACCCCACCCCACCAACUUCCCCCCUACGCGUAUUUUCCCCUACGCGUGCCCUUUCUGAGACUCGUCAACGACGGAUCUCAAAUUCCUUCUCGUAUUAUUCAUUCUACCAUCCCAUUAACUGAGCGACCCGACUUCUUAAUUAACCCAAUUACCGACUCUAUCCCACCUUCUCUCUCCUCGGUACCACUUCCUCCUUUAGGAGAAGUUGUGCCUCGGCCCCUGGGUCGCCUGGGGUUUUCACCCUCUUCCGACAUCAUGCCCUACAUGUACGAGAGGCCCGUUGGGCAACAAAUUAAGCAGCGGCGAGAAGAGGAGGCCAGGGGAAGAACCGAGAUGGAGCUUUUCAAGUUGUUGAACGGCGAGCAGGCAGGUGAAGUAGCGACCUUUGGAAACGAGGCGCCUGCCGACGGAAUGGAGGUUGACAACGCUCUGUACGGGGGACACCAGCCUAGCAGUAUUAACGACCGUCUUCUUCCUGCCGGCUUUGACACCACCAACUAUUCAUCCAACGCCGACUGGAUGUACGACGCCGAGGCCAGGGCUGCAGCCGAGUACUCCAAGCAAGUUGCGGCGCAACAGGCUGCAAUCGGCACCCAGCAGAGCAAGGCUUAUCUCUUUGAGCGCGAGUUCCCGGAUCCCGUUAAUUACCACGCCCAACGCUCUGUGUGGUCCCCUCCUCGCGCCGAAGUCCCUACCUGGUCCAACUAUGAGCCCGCUUAUCGAGCUCCUGCUGUUCCAGCGCGGUACGUCCAGCUUCCUGAGAGGCCUAUUACUCCUCACGACACUUACCGCUACCCCGCCAGCCAUGCCGAGCAUAUUUAUGUAGCACCCCCUGCGCCUGUCGAGCCUAGCGCCGACGCCAUCAACGGAGCUUUCGCCUUCUGGUACGCUCAGCAGGUUAUUCAUCUUCUCAUCGUCCCUGGUCAGUUCCGAGCUGGUACAGGUGGUGCUUCUGAUGAAGAGUGGGGUCCCGCUGGACGUGAAAAGGACUCUUACAUGAGAGUCGGUGUUCUUCCUCCUGACUACUCUAGGAACUGGGGGCGAAUGGGUAUGACUACUCCUCCCUCUGCUCCCCUUGCGCACCAACUUUCUGCUCGUCGACCCGAGUACGAAGUUCGUGACCCCUGGAACGUCGCCUGGGCUCAUUCUGUCAAGCCUACCGCCACUUUUGUCAGCUUCAUCCUGGACAUGAUUCAGCGUAUGACCAUCUCUCCUAGCGCUCUUGUUGCCGGUAUUUGGUUCCUUGCUGGUUUGGGAUUGCACGAAGGGGAUGGUGUCAAGGGUACCAAACUGAGACAGUUUUUGAGAGAGCAAGUUUCUUGCGAGCCUGAAGCUGUUGAGAAGAGGGUUGCUAUGUUGGGUUUGAUUUUGGCUGGGAAGUGGUUGGAUGACAACUCGUUCCUGACCAAGUCAUGGACUGAGGUUACUUCUGUUCCCAUUUCUCAAAUCGACGCGAUGGAGCGUCUAGCUCUUGCUGAUUUCAACUUUUCUCUUUACGUUCCCGUCCCAUCUUGGGUCGAUCAUGUCAACAAGCUUUUCACCGCUCUCGACCUUAAGCGUCACCGGGAUGAAGUUGACUCGAUCAUCCAUCCCAUCCUUGACAGGAUGGCCAAGGAGGCUCAUGAGGUCGAGCUUACCGAUCCUGCUGCUCACGCUGUGCAAACCUACUCCAAGCCCGUCAUUGAUUGUCGUUCUUCUUCGGACGAGAUUCCCGCCGCCGCCGACCAAGCUACCUCGCGCGACUGGGUCUCUUUCGCCAGCUCUUAUGCCCACGACCAGAAACUCGCCAACUCUCGCUGGUCUGCCCGUGGGAGUGAGGAUGAUGUUGAACUUGAGCGUGCCGAGAGGAAUGUUGAAAUGUUGUUGAACGAUGAGGAUAUGGACGAGGUCGAGCAAGAGGUCUUGGAGCAGGAUGAAGAUGAAGAAGAGUUUUUGGAGUAUGACGGAGCGAAGAAGUGGUUGCCUACUGCGUCCGAGAUGAGGCGAUCUACUUCUGGUACUGAUGCUCGUGAGCAGAAGGCUUUUGCGUUACAGGCACCCCGACAGGAUUCUCGAGUCCAGGUCUCAGCGCCUACUCAAGUUCCUGUUACCUCUUUUGUCCGCGCCCGUUCCACCACCCCCACGGCUUCGCAAACCUUUGCUGGUCGUCCCCGUGCCCACGGCGACUGGAACGCGCCUACCGCCGCCAACAAAAGGUGGCACCACGCUCACAACCCGUUCGGUUUCCCAGUCUACCUCGAUCCUAGCUGCUGUCAGAAGAUUGAGCGCAAGCGAACACCCAUCAAUCGCCACUCAUCUUCUUACCGACCUGGCUAUCCCUCUUACGCCCAUACCGCUGUCGGUGCCCAGAUUGAACCAGGAAUGUCUAUCAUGCGUGAGCCGGCCUCGGCGGUGUCAGAGUUUGGGUUUAUGGGUGGCGGAGGCGCGUCGAUGUGUGGACCUAAACGGUGGGCUACCGCUGCUAGGUGGUAAACUUACUACCUCGUUUACUAUUCAUGCUGAAGCCGGUGUUUUUGGGGAGUAGAUCACGUCGAUUUGAUGCGGCGCAUCCAUAUAGCUCUUUCGCGGCUGCCGGCCAUUAAAUUGGUCUUGGCAGCCUAUUGCACCCUUUUUCACUUUUUUUCACAACCACCUUCCAUCCACCAUCCCGCAACAACAAUUUCCGUCAAUCGCGCGUCAACAUGUUUUUAUCUUCGCGCUUCGCUCACUUCUCAUCAUCAGCUCGCCAUGUCUCAUGCGAGCUUGACUGCUUUUCCCACUUUUUUUUUUCUUUUUUCUUUUGCUUACUGCAACUCUUUUUGUUAGAUACAAUAACGUCAUUUCAACCAACAGUCGUUCACAGCCCGACAUAGGCUAUCGCGACUACCAAAAAAAAAGAGAAGAGAGAAUUGGAGUUUUAGAAACGAUGUUUUUCUUUAGCUUUGCCUUCGUCUCUGGCUUUUAAUAAUAAUAUACCCCACGACGCCCAACCAAACACCAAAAAAAGAAAACAUUCCCUCUUCUUAUGUGAAAUUCAAAACCCACAAAAAAAAAGACGUUCUUUUCGUUUUAUCAUAGCGUAUACGAGUCUUUCCGACUUUUUAAUAAGACGUAUUUUUCCCCAAUAGUCAAUGAUUCGUCACUUUUAUUAUCCUCUUUUCUUUCCAUCACUUUCUCGUAAACUACCUUUCUAUCUUUUUUUUCCCUAUUUUAACAACCAGUCAUGUGUCACUUGUUGAGAAUGGAGUCAGGAAAGAAGUAGAGGUGUCGCGACGUGGAGCUGGAAACAAGAUCAAGGAAUAAUGGAAAGCGGAAUAGAGGAGAUACGUUUUAAUUAAUACAGUCGCUUUUUUUAACGGAGCAGUUGUUAGAGAAUGCCGAGAAAUGUCAUUCGAAGUAGUUGCUCCA